AUGGCUGAAGAAGAGAACCACAGCCUCCCUAUGGCUGGAGUCGCGAACAGCCCAAGCGGCAACCAGAUGCAACCAGGAAAUAGUGGAGAGCUCUCUGCGCCUCUUGUUUCGGGUGGAAAUGGGAUGUCUCCGGGGCCUCAGAUCGGUGAUAAUAUGCAACGGGAUGACUUACCCAUUCCAGAUCUCGGCACUGAAACUUUUUUGAAUAUGAGCGACCAAGAGUUUCUCGCUAUGUUCGAGAGCUUCAAUAAUACCGGGUACCAAGCAAAUCCGAACCCCAUUGCGGAGCUUCCAGCUGCCAAUAUCGAUCCCCCCUCCCAGCCAAAUAUUGGGUUUAUACCUCAAGCCCCCACUCCCGCCCAGGGCAAUCCGAAUGAAAUGCCGGGCCAACAUACAAGCGUUCCACUUACUGGGAACUUUAUCCGAGCAAACGCCCCAUUGGGCCCGGCACAGACAGGUAUUCCACCACACACAAGCAUCCAAGCCAUUGAUGCGCAAGCCAAAGCUAUGGUCAACACCAUGGCGUACAUUCGGGUCCACAGUUUGACUGGAUGGGACUUUCUACGCCAGCAGCACAACCGAUCACUGCGGUUCUAUGCGGGAUGCCUCAAGAAACCUGCUCAAGAAGGGAAAAGAGACUGGGAACGCUACCUGGAGGAGAUGCGGCUGACGUAUAACAUGUUGAGAGACUACCAGAUGCAAGCGUAUAAAUCGAUCUGUGGAUCGUUGAAAAUCUGGCUCCGUUAUUACUCUACCAUCCUCCAGACUGACACCCUUGAAGGUUGCACCAAAGAGUUUCGCGAUUAUGCAGAGCUCCAACAGCAAAUUGUCGAAUAUCGCUUCCCUGAAUGGCAUGAUCAUCCGGCGCUGGACUUCUUGCGCAGAGACGCUCAGAGACAUGCCGCGUAG